CGGCGCCGGAGGCGGCAGCGGCGGCGGCGACGCGGGACGGAGGGAGACGCCCCCGGCUGCGGGGCCCGGACCCGCCCGGGACCCCCCCGGACCCCGCCCCCUCGGAGCACCCCAACCCCUCCCUGCCCCCCCGCCUCCUCGCGGACCCCCGCCCGGGCCCCGCCUGCAAGGAGCGCCCCAACCCCGCCCCCUCGCGGACCUCCGCCCCGCCCCGCCCCCAAGGAGCACCCCAACCCCCGCCCCCUCGGGGACCCCAGACCCCCACCGGGGCCCCCGCCGCGCCCCGGGUCCCUGCCCCCGCGGAGCACCCCAGCCCCCUUCCCCGGCGCCCCCCCUCCCCCUCGGGGGACCCCGCCCCCCUGUCCUGGGACCCCUGCCCACCCCCCAGCCCUGCCCCAGGCCCCCCUUGCCCAGACCCCUGGGCCUGAUCCAGGCCUGUCGCAGCCCCCCCCCCCCCCCCCCCGGUGGCCCCAGGGACUGCCUGGCUUGGACACCCCGCCCGCCCGCCCGCCCGCCCCGGGACCCCCGCUCUGCCCCUGGUCUGGGGGCGCGGCGCUGCGCGGCGCCAGCAUGCGCCUGUCGCUGGUGCUGUCGCUGCUGCGGCCGGCGGGCCUGGUGGCCGUGGGGGUGUCGCUGGGCUUCACGCUCAGCCUGCUCAGCGUCACCUGGGUGGAGGAGCCCUGCGGGCCGGCGCCCGGCGACCCCCCGCGCCGCGGCCCCGGCACCGGCACCGUCGCCCGCCGGCCCAGCUCCGUGCCGGCCCCCGGCCCCGAGCCCGGCGACCCCUGGGAGCCACGCGUGCUGCCCUACAAGCCCGCGCCCCCCGGCGCCGCCACCAAGAAGGCCGUCAGGACGCGGUACAUCAGCACGGAGCUGGGCACGCGGCAGCGGCUGCUGGUGGGUGUGCUGACGUCGCGGGGCACGCUGAACACACUGGCUGUGGCGGUGAACAGGACGCUGGGGCACCGGCUGGAGCGGCUGCUGUACUUCACGGGCACGCGGGGCCGCAAGGUGCCGCACGGCAUGACGGUGGUGACCCACGGCGACGAGCGGCCCAUCUGGAACAUGUACCAGACCGUCCGGCACCUGCUGGACCACCACGUGGCCGAGUUCGACUGGUUCUUCCUGGUGCAGGACGACACGUACACGGAGGCGCACCGUGUGGCACGCCUGGUCGCCCACCUCAGCAUCGACACGCAGCUCUACCUGGGCCGGCCCGAGGAGUUCAUCGGGGGUGACACUGAGGGGCGCUACUGCUACGGCGGCUUUGGCUACCUGCUGUCGCGCAGCCUGCUGCUGCGCCUGCAGCCGCACCUGGAGAACUGCCGCAACGACAUCCUCAGCGCCCGCCCCGACGAGUGGCUGGGCCGCUGCAUCAUCGACUACACCGCUAUCAACUGCGUGGAUGAGCACGAGGGCCUGCGCUACCAGUACUUUGAGCUGGGGAAGAACACGGACCCGGAGCGGGAGACCGACCCUCGCUUCCACGGCGCCUUCACCGUGCACCCCGUGCUGGACCCUGUCCAGAUGUACCGGCUGCACAAGCACUUUGCCCAGGUGGAGCUGGAGAGGACCUACCAGGAGAUCCAGCAGCUGCAGCUGGAGAUCCAGAACACCAGCAGCCUGUCCGCGGACGGAGACCACAGUGCCACGUGGCCCGUGGGCAUCCCACCGCCGUUCCAGCCCAAGACACGCUUUGAGGUGCUGCGCUGGGACUACUUCACAGAGGAGCAGGUGUACGCCUGUGUGGACGGCGCUCCCAAGUGUGAGCUGCGUGGCGUGGACCUGGCAGACGUGGCUGACGUGGUGGCCACAGCCAUGGAGGAGCUGAACCGCAAGUACCAGCCAGCACUGCACCUCCGCAAGCAGCAGCUGGUGAACGGGUACCGGCGCUUUGACCCCACGCGGGGCAUGGAGUACACGCUGGACCUGCAGCUGGAGGUGGUGACACAGAAGGGGCACAGCCGCUCGCUCACCCGGCGCGUGCACCUGGUGCGGCCCCUCAGUGAGGUGGAGAUCAUCCCCAUGCCCUACGUGACGGAGGCCAGCCGCAUCAACGUCAUCCUGCCACUGACGGCCCAUGACCGCGAUCGCGCAGGCCGCUUCCUGGAGGCCUAUGCGGCGGCCGCCUUCGAGAGCGGCGAGAACGCUGUGCUCACCUUCCUCUUCAUCUACGACCCCUUUGAGGCCCAGCAGGUGGCACAGAACGACGUCUUUGCCGCGGUCAAGGCCAAGAUCACCGAGUACGAGCGCAAGUACGCAGAGGUCAAGAUCCCCUGGAUCAGCGUGAAGACGGACGCGCCCUCCCCAAUCAAGGUCAUGGACAUCAUCUCCAAGAAGCACCCCGUGGACACGCUCUUCUUUGUGGCCGGUGUGGGCACCGAGGUCACCAUCGACUUCCUCAAUCGCUGCCGCAUGAACACCAUCAACAGCUGGCAGGUCUUCUUCCCCAUCCACUUCCAGGGCUACCACCCGGCCAUCGCCUACCCCCACCAGGUGCCGCCUGCCAUCCUGGAGCUGGGGCGGGACGCGGGCCACUUCGACCGCCACGCCUUCCACGAGGCCUGCUUCUACAACGCCGACUACAUGGCGGCGCGGACCCGCCUGGCGGGCGAUGCGCAGGAGAACGAGGACAUCCUGGAGACCCUGGACAUCUACGACAUGUUCGUCAAGUACUCCAGCCUGCACGUCUUCCGGGCCGUGGAGCCCGCCCUGCUGCAGCGCUACCAGCAGCAGGCCUGCAACCCCCGCCUCAGCGAGGACGUCUACCACCGCUGCGUGCAGAGCAGCCUGGAGGGGCUGGGCUCCCGCUCCCAGCUGGCCAUGGUGCUCUUUGAGCAGGAGCAGGGCAACAGCACCUGAGCUGCUGGCCGGGGGCACCCAGCCCAGCCCAGCCCUCCUGCCUGCCCUGUCAGCCCGGCUGGCUGGGCCCAGCCUCCCCCGAGGGCACUGGCUCCCUGCGGACAGUGGGAGCCGGGAUGAGUGAGGACGGGGACUCGGACCCUUGGCUCUGCAGCAUCGGGGGCGUGGGACUGGAGGUCGGGAUGUUGGCGGGAGCCAGGGGUCUCCCGAGCCGGGUGAGGGGAGCGGCUGGCAGAUGGGCUGGCCUGGGAGGCAGGACCCUGAGGUCUGGUUCCGGUGCUGGCGCUGGCGCUGACGCUGGCCAUGGGACCUUGCUCACUGCUUGUGCGGGGGCAGUGACACGGGCUGGCCCCAGGCAGCGCACAGUGGCAACGCUGGUGCUCGUGGCAGGAGGCGCUGGGCUGGCUGGGCCCUGCUCCCUGCCCUGCACCCUCCAGUCCCUGGAGCCGCCCUCAGAGUCCGGAUGCUUUUUCCAGGCUUCCAGGCAACGUGUGCAGGACGCCAGAGCCUCUGCCCCUCCCCAGGCAGCACGAGUGCGUGGCUCCCGUGUCCGGAUGCUUGGCCUCAGGCGUGAGGGGGGCACAGGGGUCCGGGGCAGCUUGGCCUCGUUGUCCUCUUGGCCUCCGGCCUCCUGCCCUUUGAGCCGCACCAGCUCCUGCACCCGGGGCUGGGCAUCCCCUUGGGCCUCAUAGCCCCAGCCAUGGGCUGGCGGCUCAGCUCCCUUUGCACCCCGGGGGCUUGCAGCUCCACCCAGGGCCCUGGUUGCUGGGGAAAGGUGGAGGUGCGGGGCUGACUUGACCCUCGUGCAGCAAUAAGGAGUAUAUUUCCAGUGAUGUGCAGCUUUAGCAGCAGCCCCUCAGCCCGGUCGCCCCAGGGUGAUGGUGCUGCAGGCUCUGAGGGGAGCUGGGACCCUCCGCACCCACGUGCGACGUGCUGCUCCCCAUGGGAACCGUGACCCAGGCCGCUUCGGCCUUCGCAGUAUUUCCGCAGGACGGGAGGAGGCCGCCGCCUCGGACGAGAGCCCCACAAGUGGCUUGAGCCAUCUCUGCCGCUGCCCCGCGGGGCCCGAUGGCCUCGGUCCUGCCGGCAGCCAGGCCAGCUGCUGCCAUCGUCCUCCAUGCUGCCAGCGUCUGCCCGUGGAUGUCCCGCGCUGGCUGCAGGCAGGGCCAGGGCCAGGGCAACCGUGUUGGCAGUGGGCCCCGCAUUGCACCAGGCACCAGCGACUUGGACUGGGCUGGCAGCGGGCAGAGCCGGGGUCGCCCCAGCUAGCGCGGCCGGGGCCAGGCUGGAGCGGCUGUGAGUCUCCUAAGGAGAAAGUGACUGUGGAGCCAGCCGUGCUCCAGGCUUGUAUUUAACAAUGGGGGUGGAUGGGUGGAGCGGGCGGUCGCGUUUACACUUGAAUAAACCAGAGAGAUGA